AUGAGUAUGAGCUCUUGGGCUGUAGGGAUGCAUGAAGAUCUGGUUGUAGCCGGAAUAGGCGUCCAUGAAGCUGAGAAGCUCAUGGCCGGUCGUGGCGUCCACCACGAACCAGAUAGGGUAGGUUACCUCACGAAUGAAGUCGAUCGCCUAAAGUUUGUCGACUUUGAUCUUCAUUACUUCGUACCAUUCGGCAUCAUAGGACCGUCUCUUUUGUCGAAUCGGUUUGGAAGAAGGGCAGAUGCUGAGUUUGUGGCAGAUGACAUCCGGGUAGAUGCCAGGCAUGUCGUCAUAGGACCAGGCAAAAACUUCUAA